AUGUUUGAAGGUGACUUCAGGGAGAGAACAGAGUCGGAGAUACUAUUACCUAGAAAGAAUUAUGAAGAUUUUGUCGAGUUCCUGAGAUGUAUUUAUCCUGACAAGAUGAAGGUGAUAACCGCAAGGAACGUCUACAUGAUUCUCCCUUUGGCUCAUGAAUAUAGUGUAGAGAGGAUGAUGAAACGUUGCCAAGACGUGCUCAUGCGCACAGUUAGGAAAAAUUACAAAGAGAAUGUUGAAGAAUUGUAUCGGCAUAUCCACUUCUCUGAAAUGUAUAGCCUAGAAGAAUUGAAGGAGAAGUGCAUUUAUCUAGCUUCAGAGCAUACUCUUAAGCAAUUUAAAACUGCAAAAGAAAUGUACCAAAUAACAGAUGCCAGUCACGGUAAGAUAAUAGAGCUUGCCCCGAGAAGACAUGAGCUGAAUAAAGCUGACGAAAAGGUUUUUACAGCAAAGACAAAACUCCAAUUUUAUUCUGAGGAACCGGUGCAGUGUGACUUAAAUGGGAAAUUAAUUACAAAUGGAAGAAGGGCAAGCGACGUUUGCCAAGCAUUGAGAAUAAUUGAAAGAUUUAAAUUUACUACAAAUACCUCAAACAACAUUGAGUCAAGCUUAUUGGAAAAAGUUACAAAUCCUUCUUGA